AUGGCUGAUAUUGAUUGCGUGGCCCCGGUGGCCCCGAGCACUGCAUCAUCGACACUGGUUGGAGCAGGCUGCAUUGCUUAUGAGAGUCUGGGUGAGUGGUUUCUAUCGCCGAGGUCAUAUGGCACGAUGUCGAAGGUAUACAUUCCGUUUCGGAACUUUCUGAGGUCCCUUUUACACGGUUGGUUGCCUAUCGCUUACGUAGACGAGAUUUUCAGAGUUCCGCACGUCUAUUUGUUUUUGUUCUGGCUCACGACAUUCAUCGCGGCGCCCACGAACGUUCGCGAGGACUCCGGGGCCGCGGACGCCAUGGCCAGUCCGCUCUGCAUGGGCGCGCUCCCCGUCGAGAAGCGGACUUUGAGCACAAUCGAGUGGGAGAUCGACGAGGUCGAGCUGCUCUUAGAUCGACGAGGUCGAGCUGCUCUUAGGCCCUCAUGGCAUCCGGGAUCGUUCACGCGCGCCCGCCGUCCUUCGCCGCGCGAGGCUAAGAGCACGGCGAGCGCGUGGAGGGGCGUUGCACGCGCGUGUGUUUCGCGGUUUUUGACCAAUUCGCUGAGGGGCGAAGGGAGCAUUCUAAAAUUGUCCCACAGCUCCUCCUCCUCCUCCUCCUCCUCCUCCUCCUCCACCUCCUCCUCCUCCUCCUCCUCCUCCUCCUCCUCCUCCUCCUCCUCCUCCUCCUCUUAUUGGACAGAUACCAAUGCAGGUUCACGCUUCUCUGCGAUCGCCUAG